AUGCAAGCGCAAGAAGCGAAGCAGGUGAAGGGAGUAGAGGACCACUUCCACACCGAGGAGGUUCCAUUACCUCCAUCUCCAGCCCGCAGGAGAGCCUCGGACCUGGGCCCCAUGGGUCAGACUCAACCGAACCUUCCGACCGAGCUAUUGCGAGUGGCGAUGACCCGGCGCAUUUCUGAAGUGUCCUUAUGCAGCUCACUGCCGGAGCUCUUUGAGCUUUGGGACGCUGGCGCCGCUUCAGCAAUGCGCUGCCGGGCCUUGGAAGCCACCGAGCUCAGGUGUAGGGAAUUGGCGCGAGCCCUGAGCGAUGUUUGGUCAGGAAUUCACUUUGUCCCGCGCUUUGGAUCAGCCAUGGCGCUGCCUUACGAGCUGUACUAUUUCUGGGAGGAGGUUCUGGCCAACGAGAGUCAAGUGCUCAUGAGUCACUGGAAGUAUGGCAAGAAAGGUGAUCGGAGUCACCGACGAGAGCUGUUCAACAUCGAGCCCUACAUGAUCCUGGACCCCGAUGAGACCGACUGCCCCAUCGCUUACAUGUCUCAAGGUCUGGAAGACCUCUUUGGCUAUUGGCGCGCUUGGGCCCUCGGACGGAACUUCCGCUUCUUGAUGUUGCCGGAUGCCUUGCCGAACCGCGUCUUCAAUGGGCAGGAGUUCUCGCGCAUCGAAGACUUCUGCUGCAACCAGGGGCAAAAAGAACAGGGCUCCGCGGACGCAGCCAGCCAUAUGAUGAGCCUGCUGCGGUUGUACAGCGUGAAGAGCAAACAGCCCAUCUGGUGCUGUCUCUAUCUACGGCAUGUUUGGCUACAGGACCCCACCGUCUUUGAAAGCCAAUUUGACUUCAGCGCCAAACACUUCAUCCUGGCCGUUUGCCUGCCGUUGUACACGCAGAUGCCUGCGCUGCGGGACCUGCUGAACAAUGACAUGUUGGAGACCAACAUGCAGCUGACUGCUCGACUUCGGAUUAUGUUAAUGGAGAGGACGCAAAACGUGGAGUUUUGUGAGAAGGAAGCCCAUGCGAUCUUAAACUCCUUGAUUCCGGCCUGGCUUCUUGAGUGCGGCAGAGGGGUGCCCACAUGCAUGGUGGGGCAACACUUCGUGCCACGUCUGGGCUUAGCGCCUUUGAAGGACUUUCAAGGUUUAUGGCCCCACCUUGUGAGGUUGCUCUUCAGGUUGAAGAAUCCGCCCAGUGAGGAGAUGUUUCAGCCCACCUUACACGACCAGGAACAAGGUUUGGCAUGUUGGGUGGUCGACGUUCGUUCCAAAGAUCUGCCCUUGGUUUUCAUCAGCCAAGCGCUGCAGAGACUUAGUGGAUUUGAUGCUGACUUUGCCCUUGCCAGGAACGUGCAACUCUUCCAGCCCAAGAAGCAACGCAUUGACCAGGCGAUCAACAAUGAAGAGUCAGCUCGUCUGCAGGAAUUCAGUGAGCAGAACAGGACCCAUGGGGAUGUGAUGGCCUCCCUGCUUCUGUUGGAACGCCGGAACGGUCAGCGUUUCUUCGUGGUGCAGCAGACGUUCUACCUGAAAGAGCCUCGCAGCGAUCGGUCCUACUUGCUAUCAGUCCUGCACCCCAUCGAGACGCCUAUGCCGGCGGUGCUCAAAUCGCACCAGAUCACUGAGCUCUCUGAAGACGAGAUGGGAAUGGCCCUGGAUGAGUGGGGCAUGUUUCUGAUCCAGGCCCGAGAGGACCCCGUCGGCAAGCCCCUCAUGCUCUCGAACGUGCAAAAGGCCUGCGAAGUUUACGCUCUGAGCUUUGCUGCGUUCUUACGCACCUGUGAGGACUAUGUUGGCGAUCUCUUUGUGCCAAAGAUAGGACUUGUGGAAGUUCAUGCAUUCAAAGGAGUCUUGGAGCCCUUGGUCCACCAGAAGCUCCGGGCCGAUCUGCGUCGAGUGUUGGCAGAUGAUCGAGCUGAGGAGAGGUUGAAGGAAAUCAUCAUGACUGUCGUGGAUCCCUCAGGGGAGGACGAUCCCUUGGUUUGGAUCUCACCGGGUUUCGAGGAAUACACAGGCUAUCAGCACGAAUGGGUUUUGGGAAGAAAUUGCCGUUUCCUGCAACCCAAAGACUUCGAUCGGAACCAACGCUUCAACGGCGACCAGCUGCACAAGUUGCGCAAGUUCUGUUUGGAAGGGAGGAAAAGCUCACCACCCACCGUGCCCACAACGUUGGCCUUGCUACUGAAUGAAAGAAGGAAUGGCUCGCCUUUCUGGAACCUCAGUAGCUUCAUCCACGUUGAGGUCAAUGAGAAGCGCUACAUCGUCUCGGUGAUGCUGCCCUUCCUGGAGGAGCGUGUCCGCUUUGCUGAGUUGCUGAGUGACGAUCCGGAGGCCUUGGAACAGCAGAAGCGGCUCAAAGGUCUUCUCGCGCGUCACGAGGGCGGGGCCAAAUUCAUCAGCCUCGAGGCGGUUCAGCGUCAGUUGCUGAGCGUUUUCUUCGCGGACUUCCCCAUGCUCUUGCAGGCACCUUCAGUGAGAUCUCCCAACGGCCUUGAAAUUCCCAUCUUUGGGUUGGAGGUCAGUGCCAACAACACCCAGGUCUCUGGAGCCUUGAAGGCCGGCGUGCGCCAUGUCCACAUUUUGCUUCCAUCGGGGCCCACCACACGGGCCAGCGAUGGUAGCACCUUUGUGCGCAAGAUCCUUCCACUGAAGUUGGCUGAAGUGCUGAACAAUCUGCAGCAGCAACACCUGCAUUACCUGCGCGAAGCAAUGGUCAUCACCGUUCGGACGCCCCCACACCUGGUCUUCGUACUGGCAGAGGUUCGGAAGACUCUGGCCACUGCGGGCUAUUCUGUGGCCUGCUGGUUUCUGGAUGUGCGUGGUUGCACUCCCGCAGAUGUGGGCGAUCACUGGCAGGCGAUUUCGCAGGCAAAGGCGCCAUCCGAGGCCGUAGGCAUCUUCGGUGGCAACCAGCGCCUGCUCCAAGCCAUCCACCGACGGGGCGCCUUCGUGUCCAUUUGUGCUGUCAAAGUCCAUCCAGGGAAGCGGCCGGAUGAACCCGAGAUGCGGCUCAUGAGCAAGCUGGCCUGCAACGGAACACUGCCCAUGGCAUAUGGCAUCUUCGGGCCUCAAAAUUCCUGGCUGCAGAGCUCCCAAGCCCAGUCGGCUGCAGGGCGUUUGAACAUCGCUCCCAGCACUUUGGCCUUGAAAUGGGCCGAGUACAAAGGUUUCUUGGCCUUAGUUCCAGAUUUACAAGAUCUCUUUGCGUCGGAAGUUCCUGUGGAACAUCGCAGUUUCAUGCGCCUGUAUCGGGCAGCACCCUCGGUUGAGAUCUGUAGCUCGGUGCUGUGGGGCACCACUGGCGUGAUCCCAGAGGUGCUAACUACCCCCCGAGCGAGGGUAGCUUCUCCAAAACUGUGCCGCUCCAAGGGCUUUCAGCAGCUCAUUCCGGGGCUUUGCCCCGGAGCGACGCCAAAGGCGCCCAAAAAGGAGGCACAAGCCGUGAAGCAGCAGAUCUUGCCUGACUUGGUCAAGCGUGCACAUCAAGGACGUCCAGGUCUCGUCUGGCACGGCGAGGUGGCCAGCAAGCGGCUGCAGGUGGAAGCAUCGCCUCGUGCCGCAGGAGGAAACCACGACAGCGAGGAGAUGGUGGAGGCAGACUAUAACCUGCCAUGGCCAUCUGAGAUGGAGGACCUGGACGAUUUGCUCGGCAGUUCCGCGCCAGAAGCCUUGAAACCGAUCCGACGUCCCAGACCACAGCCGCCGCUUCGCCGCAAGAGACCACGGGAGGUGCUGAUUGUCUCGGUUGGGGAGGACAAGGUCGUGCCAGAGGAGACAGAUGAAGCUGCCUGCGGCUACAAGAGCCUGUUCGUGAGCCUUGGCAUGAAAUAA